CGGAUAGCACCCAUGCCUGAGCUUCCAGAAGUCGAGAAUGCUCGACGCGUCUUGGAGGCCGUCGGCAAGGGCAAGAUGAUCCAAAGAGUGGACAGCGUGAAAGAUGACAUCGUAUUUUGUGGGACUACCCAUGAUGAGUUUGCCAAGGAAUUGGAGGGACGAAUGAUCACCGGCGUCCAGCGGUACGGAAAACUGUUUUACAUGGAGCUCGAUGGCGAAGGUCGUUUCCCCGUCUUACAUUUCGGCAUGACAGGCAUGAUUCAGAUACAAGGUCAGGAACCAUUCCACUACCAGAGCUCGUCCCGAAAGGUCUCCGCGCAAUGGCCACCCAAUUUCUUGAAGUUUGUCCUGCAUCUCGGUACGCCUGAUGGUGAACAGAUCGCUGUCCAAGUCGCCUUCUGCGACGCUCGUAGGCUGGGACGUAUCCGGCUCGUAUCCUCGCCAAUGACAUCUCCGCCUAUCUCAGAGCUUGGUUUCGAUCCUAUACUCAGCAUGCCCGCGUUGUCCGAGUUCUCUUCCAAAGUGCUCAGGCGUUCUUGUCCGAUCAAGGCGCUCCUGCUAGACCAAGGCUUUAGUGCAGGCGUAGGCAACUGGGUUGCGGACGAAAUUCUGUACCAUUCUAGGAUACAUCCAGAACAGCGUUGUCAUACUCUCAGUGAACUCCAGCUCGAACGGCUUCAUACGCACACGAGACAAGUUUGCCGAGUAGCUGUCGACGCGGAUGCAGACCAUACCAAAUUUCCAGCAGAUUGGCUGUUUAUCCAUCGUUGGGGGAAGGGCAAGAAAACGGGCGCGAAGUCGAGUCUGAAACUACCUUCUGGAGAUCCCGCAACCAUCAAGUGGGUGACUGUCGGAGGGCGCACUUCGGCUUACGUGGCGGAGCUCCAACAACUUCCUUGUGAAUUGGAUAAUAUCGAGGAUAAUCAAGGCGAGAGCGAUCUGACACCAUUGUCUGAGGAUGAGCUCUUUUCCGUCACUAGUACAUGGAAGCCGCGAAAGUCUCGAAAACGAAAUCCGGAGGAUUCAACACAAAGAACAGCACGCAAACGAUGAAACAAAGCGUGAUAUCGUGAAGAGGAUCGAUGUAUUCCUAAACGACACGAAUCGGAAGCUGCUUCAAGUGAAACAUUCCCCAUUCUCCCAUCCGACAAAGUUUUUGACAGCGCCGCAGGUUCCUGUCUGUCCUGCUUUCGACACGCAGUAGUAAUACUUUCCACUUUUGUUCUUGCAAUUGUGAGCGGAAAGAAAUCCCUUCGACUUUGCCGGAUCGCAUCUGCGAGAAGGUAUAAGUUUGUAUCAUCGAUCCUUGAACGAAACGGAAUAAAAC